CCCAGCCAUGCAGCCCGGCGCGCCCGCGGGCACAUGGGGCAGUGCUUGAACCGCUGCCUCGAUGUGCCCGGCGCGCUCCCGCCGCCGCUGCUGCCGCUGAAGCGGAGGCUGCUGCUGCUCUCCAUCAUGCUCUUCCUCUGGGUCUACAUGUUCUACUCGUGCGCCGGCUCCUGCGCGGCGCUGCCCGGGCUGGCGCCCCGCGGCUCUGCCCCGCCGGAGGAGAGCGGUCCCGGGGAAACGCGGGCAGCGCCCGCCGCGCUCAGCCCCAUCUCCGCCUUCCUCAACGGCUCGGGCAGCAAGCGGCUGCCGCAGGCCAUCAUCAUCGGCGUGAAGAAGGGCGGCACGCGGGCGCUGCUGGAGUUCCUGCGGGUGCACCCCGACGUGCGCGCCGUCGGCGCCGAGCCCCAUUUCUUCGACCGCAACUACGAGCGGGGCCUCGCCUGGUACAGGGACCUCAUGCCCAGGACCCUGGAGGGGCAGAUCACCAUGGAGAAGACCCCCAGCUACUUCGUCACCAAGGAGGCCCCAGCGCGCAUCUCCUCCAUGGCCAAGGGCACGAAGCUGAUCGUGGUGGUGCGGGACCCCGUGACCAGAGCCAUCUCGGACUACACGCAGACGCUCUCCAAGAAGCCCGACAUCCCCACCUUUGAGAGCCUGACCUUCAAAAACAGGACUACGGGCCUGAUCGACACCUCGUGGAGCGCCAUCCAGAUCGGCAUCUACGCCAAGCACCUGGAGAACUGGCUGCUCUACUUCCCCAUCGGGCAGAUCCUCUUCGUCAGCGGGGAGAGGCUCAUCAGCGACCCCGCGGGGGAGCUGGGCAGGGUCCAGGACUUUCUGGGCCUCAAGAGGAUCAUCACCGACAAACACUUCUACUUCAACAAAACCAAGGGCUUCCCCUGCCUGAAGAAGGCGGAGGGCAGCAGCAAACCCCACUGCCUGGGGAAAACGAAAGGCAGGACCCACCCCGACAUCGACCAGGAGGUGGUGCAGAGGCUGCGGGACUUCUACCGGCCCUUCAACAUGAAGUUCUACCAGAUGACGGGGCAGGACUUCGGCUGGGACUGAGGCUGGCGUGGGAAAGUCCCCUGUAAUUACUUGCCCAUCACAGUUUGCGUAUAUAAAGAGAUAUAUAUGUAUGUAAAAUGUACAGAAAUCUAUUUUAUAAUAAUUUAUUUUUAAUUCCUAAGCAAUUAAUUCACUAAGCUGCCUAACCGCACUGGCUAGAACGGUAGCCUGUAACCUGUUUAACAUUCCACCGUGUUUAAUUCUAAUAUGUCUCUUCUUUUUUUUUUUUCCUCUUUUUUUUUUUUUGGUUUGGUUUGUAACAGACGGUGCUUCCAUUUUUCCUAAAGAAGAUUUGUAUUUAAAAAUAAAAAAAGAAAAAA